UGGUCUUCCUCUAAAGUCACGUGGUGUUGCUGCGACAUGUCUUACCAGCUGAUCUUACACAGGUUUGUUUGUCUUGUCAUAUUAGACCUCUGCAAAAGGAAAAAAACCACAUCAUGGGCUGGGAAAAUGGCAGGGUUAUUCACCCAGAGAGCAAGAAGUAUCACCGAUGGAUCAGGGAAGCCACAGAGAUUCAGAAACGCGUCCAUAUGAACAGAUCUGGGAGCAUAUGCCGGCUUGGCCUUUCACUGCAUGAACUGUAGUCCUGUACUACUCUGGACUCUGGAUGGCCCAUGCCCCAUAUCUCCAGGUAUCCUCCAAGCUGUCCCCUCUUCGACGCACGUGGUUGUCCUCAGUGUCUGGGCCAGCUCACCUUGCACCUAGUUUGCUGUGAGCUGGAUCAGGCCCGUGAAAGCCAUCCAGGUGCCUGUAAAACCACAGCUGCAGUUUCACUAUCAGGCAGCUGACUCUUCCCAUCCUCGCUCUCCUGAGCAUGGCAGCAUGGCAUUGCAAACGUAAGCCCCUGUGCAAAUCCAAGUCCACGGAUGAUCUCAACCUGGUAGUCAGCGGAUUAACAGAUUACACUGCCAGGUGGAAAUGACAAACCAGAGGCACUCCACGGGCCAGCGUGUCAAACACCAACACUAAUCAUGGGCAUUAUUAGCAACAGCAACUCAUCCGAAACCCACAACCCGAGACUCUAACGAGGCACCUCCGGACCUUUUCCUGUCAGUCAGCGGACGCGUCAGAGUUGGAGCGGGCUCGCCGAAUGGACGUCGAUGGACAGGAAUGACUCCUCCGCUCCUGUCGGACUGAAGGAAGGAGGGAAAGACACCUCUGCAUGUUCAAGUUUCCUGCUCAAACCUCAGGGGCAUCGCUUCGUGCGUGUUGGAUGUGGGUGCGUGUGUGGCGGUGUGUGUUGGGUGCGUGUCUGUGCGCAAACGGAGGAGCAGCGGCGGCAGUGGCGGCGGCGGUGGUGGAGGUGGUGGUGGCCGCGGGAAGGGAAGUUUAGCGCCGUGAUUUUUCUUCUUCUUUCCCUCUAUUCUGUUGUGUUAUUUUCAUGCCACAGCGGGGGACAGGCGGAUUAACGUUUCCCUGAUGAAAAUUAACCAUCUGUGGAGAGGCUCUGUGAUCGUGACUAUGAUGAUGAUGUCGAGUAAGAGCGUGGAGUGGCUGCAGGAGGAGCUGGAGUCUGGGGCCGGCUCUCUGCUGCUGCUGGACUGCAGACCCCAUGAGCUGUACGAGUCCUCGCACAUCGAGUCCGCCAUCAACCUGGCCAUCCCGGGCCUCAUGCUGCGGAGGCUGAAGAAGGGAAACCUCCCCAUCCGCUCCAUCAUCCCCAACAACGAGGACAAGGAGAAAUUUGUCAAACGCUGCAAGACGGACGUGGUGGUGCUGUACGACGAGGCGAGUCCGGAGAGGCAGGAGUCCGGGCUGGGGAGCUCCGUGCUGGGGCUGCUGCUGCAGAAGCUGCGGGACGACGGCUGCAAAGCUUUCUUUCUGGAGGGGGGCUUCAACAAGUUCCAGUCCGAGUACCCCGAACACUGCGAGACCAAUCUGGACUGCUCCUGUCCCAGCAGCUCCCCACCGUCCUCCGUCCUCGGCCUUGGAGGACUCCGCAUCAGCUCCGACUGCUCUGACGGAGAGUCGGACCGAGAGCCAGGCAGCGCCACUGAGUCAGAGGGCAGCCCGCUCCCUAACAACCAACCAGCGUUCCCAGUCCAGAUCCUGCCGUAUCUUUACCUGGGCUGUGCCAAAGACUCCACCAACCUGGACGUGCUCAGCAAGUACAACAUCAAAUACAUCCUCAAUGUGACGCCCAACCUGCCCAACAUGUUCGAACACGAAGGAGACUUCAAGUACAAACAGAUCCCCAUCUCCGAUCACUGGAGCCAGAACCUGUCGCAGUUUUUCCCAGAGGCUAUUUCAUUCAUUGAUGAGGCACGCUCCAAAAAGUGUGGCAUCCUGGUGCACUGUCUGGCGGGGAUCAGCCGCUCAGUGACUGUCACGGUGGCCUACCUGAUGCAGAAGCUGAACCUGUCGCUAAACGACGCCUACGACUUUGUGAAGCGGAAGAAGUCAAACAUUUCCCCAAACUUUAACUUCAUGGGCCAACUGCUAGACUUUGAGCGGACGCUGGGCCUCAACAGCCCUUGCGAUAACCACUCGACCUCCCCAACACACGACCAGCUCUUCUUCACCACACCAACCAAUCACAACGUAUUUCAACUGGACACGCUGGAGUCCACAUGAAAUUUAGACUGUGGACGGUCCCUUGUUUGUUUGAGGGUCAAAGUGGUGUAUGUGCCACGGUAACAAUCGACUACACUGGAGGGAAACACAGGUUUUAAUGAAUGUUUAAGCCUCCAUGUGGCUCGUCGUCUGAGAGCCAGGUCACAGAGCGGCGUUGGACAGGGACAGGAGGCCACAGAUGCCACGUUAAAAAGGCGAACAGGAGUUUAUUUAACCCAGAGGGGGGACUGAUAGACGGUUUACGAUGGUGCCCUCCUCGGAGUUGAUUGAAAUCGAGGGAGGAAGAGCCCUGAUCUUCUUGUUUUGUAACAAAGAACUGAGGAGAUUUAAGUGAAUGAGAGACUGCAGCAGCUUCAUACAAAGAUAGAAAAACCUCCAGAGCUCGAUUUUCUGAGACGACAACAUCCUCUCUGUCUUUCUGUCUCGGCUCUUGAAGCUGAGCUGACUGGUGCCAAGUGGAGAAUCUGGGAUUUACUUGUUGGAAAUCUCGCUCUACUGAAUGUAGAGUUUUAAAAACCAAGGAAUUAACACACACACACACAAAGUAUGUAUGUUUGUACUGUAUGUAUGUUAACGUACAUAGCAGCAGCAGUCCUUAACAAAUUCAGUAUGUCUUUAUGCAUUUUUUGUAUAUUUUUGUGUACAUUUACGCACAAAUCUAUACCUUAUAUAAAUAUAUACGCAUAGAAAUCUUAUCUAUCCAAUCCAAUAAUGGCUUAAAGGAAUGUAAAACUAAAGAAGGGGAAUGGGUGUGCUGACACCAACAAAGAGGAGCGUUUUUGUGAUACUUGUCUUUUUUUUUUUUUUUUUUUUUUAACGUUACUUUUUUGUUAGGUUUGUAAUGACCUAAUGCAGUUUGCACAGUGGUGUAGCCAUUGACUUGUUGGCACUUGACACAGGCAGAUAAAGAGACAUUCAGAGGAGAGGAGGCCGGUCCCAGGCUGCGACGAGUCCCGACAGCUGCACAGAGGAGCAGGGAGGGAGUAGGA